GCGUUGCCAUAUGUAAGCAACAAGAGUGGAUGGUCUCAUAAAACAAAGAUAAUUAAUAAUAGCAAAGGCCGAAAAUAAGCGAUAUGCUAAAAAAAUAAUAUUAAUAUCAUCAAUUUAAAUGCAUGUGUCCUUAAAUAUGUGCGUUAAUGUUCACAUUAAAUAUUACGGAAACAACUUGUGACAGUUUUUGUUUUUAUUUACCUCCGGGCACACUUUAUUUCUUAAUCACUUGUUAUCAAUUUACUCCAAUCCCUCAGAUAACUUCUAUUAGCUACUUAAAUACCUGCUCAGUACUUCAAUGACAUUAUGUCUACAAAAAUGUCUGGCAAUUUAAUAAAAGUAUUCGUCUACGGUACACUUAAACGGGGUGAGCCUAAUCACCAUUGGCUAACACGAUCCGAAAAUGGCCACUCACGGUUUCUCUGUGAAGCGCAAACGGUAGUAAAAUUUCCACUCGUCAUAGGCACACGCUACAACAUUCCAUUUUUACUCAACAAACCUGGAGUUGGCUACAAUGUUUAUGGGGAAGUGUAUGAGGUAGACGACACAAUGUUCGCAAAUCUUGAUGUGCUGGAAGAUUACCCCAAUUACUAUGACCGAGAAAUACAGCAAAUAAAAACUGAGAAAAAUGAAUAUAUUGAUUGUUGGCUGUAUUUGAUCAAGCAAUACCCGGAUCAGCUACUAUUCAAGCGUUACCUAGAAAAGUAUAAUAAUUCAGAGACACUCCCCUACUGCGAAAGUUAUUUGGACAGCUCCAAAGAAGAUAUGUACGUACAGGAUGAGUUAAAUCACGUUAAAGAUGAGACCAAAUGAAAAUGUGACAGAUAAAAAGUGAUUAUUCCCUUAUAUACUUAUUAUACCAUUUUGGGAAUUGUUUGGUUGUUGGAUACUAAUAUGUCCCUACCAUUAUUUAAAUAUUAUCAUUUCUAUUGUGAAGCGGCAGUUUUCGGACAAUUAUGAAAAGUGGCGGCACAUAAGGUACCACAACUCCGUAUUCCAUUUUAAAAAGUAUAAAAAGUGUGAAAAUAAACAGCUCUGAGGAAAAUACAAAAAAAUAUA